AUGCCGGUGUCAGGUAACGGUCAGCUKAACACAGAGAAGGCUCUGAAGCUCUUCGCUCAGCUCAUCAACAACAAGGUGUUCCUGCUGACCUUCAUCAGGACUCUGGAGCUCCAACGCUCCUUCUCCAUGCGCGACCGCGGCAACGUGGCGUCGCUCAUCAUGACGGCGCUGCAGGGCAAACUGGAGUACGCCACCGACGUGCUCAAACACCUGCUCUCUGACCUCAUCGACAAGAACCUGGAGAGCAAGAACCACCCCAAGCUGCUGCUGCGCCGGGGGCCUAUAGACUCCAUCACAGGAGAGGCGCGCUACUCCCUCAGUGAGGACAAGCUGAUCAGACAGCAGAUUGACUACAAGACCCUGAUUCUGAACUGUGUGAACCCAGACAAUGAGAACAGUCCUGAGAUCCCAGUGAAGGUGCUGAACUGUGACACCAUCACCCAGGUCAAGGAGAAGAUACUGGACGCCUGCUAUAAGAACAUGCCUUACUCACAGAGGCCCCGCGCUGUCGACAUGGACCUGGAGUGGCGUCAGGGGCGGAUGGCCGUCGUGGUGCUGCAGGACGAGGAAUCAACCACCAAGAUAGAGAACGACUGGAAGAGACUCAACACACUCAUGCACUACCAGGUGUCUGACCGCUGUGUGGUGGCUCUGGUGCCCAAACAGACCUCUUCCUACAACAUCCCCCCGUCAGCCAGCAUCUCCCGGACCUCUAUCAGCAGAUAUGACUCAUCCUUCCGGUACACAGGUAGUCCAGACAGUCUGCGUUCCCGUGCCCCUAUGAUAACCCCUGACCUUGAGAGUGGGGUCAAAGUGUGGCACCUCGUCAAGAACCACGAGCAUGGAGACCAGAAGGAGGGAGACCGCGGCAGCAAGAUGGUCUCCGAGAUAUACCUGACCAGGCUGCUGGCCACCAAGGGUACACUGCAGAAGUUUGUGGACGACCUGUUUGAGACGUUGUUCAGUACCGUCCACCGGGGUAGCGCUCUACCCCUCGCCAUCAAAUACAUGUUUGACUUCCUGGACGAGCAGGCGGACAAACACGGCAUCCAUGACCAAGAUGUCCGCCACACGUGGAAGAGCAACUGCCUCCCGCUGCGGUUCUGGGUAAACGUGAUCAAGAACCCUCAGUUUGUGUUUGACAUCCACAAGAGCAGCAUCACGGACGCCUGUCUGUCUGUGGUGGCCCAGACCUUCAUGGACUCCUGCUCUACCUCAGAGCACCGCCUGGGCAAGGACUCUCCCUCCAACAAGCUGCUGUACGCUAAAGACAUCCCCAACUACAAGAGCUGGGUAGAAAGGUACUACGCGGACAUUAACCGUCUGCCGGCCAUCAGUGACCAGGACAUGAAUGCCUACCUGGCAGAGCAGGCCAGGCUCCACUCCACAGAGUUUAACAUGCUCAGUGCUCUCAACGAGAUCUACUCCUAUGUGUCCAAAUACAGCGAGGAGAUCACCAUGGCCCUGGAGCAGGCCGAGCAGGCUAAGAAACAGCGUCUGGCCUACAAGGUGGAGCAGCUCAUCUCAGCCAUGUCCCUGGAGAGCUGAGACAGACCACGGGAUUGGACGACUGGACCGGCCCGGGAUAUCCAUCAGCCACAGCCACCCAACCAACAGUCCCGAUACUCACAGUGUGGGGGUGGGGAGGGGG